AUGAUUCAUAGUCAAACAACCGGUCGUACUCCUAAGCAACACCGCAUAACAUUAAACAAUCGUCCUAUAAAUAAAGAAGGUUUAUUGGGUUCUCUAGAAUUAAAUGUUUGGGAAUGGUCAGGCAAAUCGCCUGUUAUUCUUUUCUGUCAUGGUACAUCAAACCAUGCUCGUUGUUUCGAUAAAAUAAUCGCGAAUUUGCCUGCUGAUCAACGUAUUAUCACAUUCGAUUUUCGUGGCCAUGGUUACAGCAGUCAAUUACCACCAUAUACAUUUCGUACGGCUAGUGAAGAUUUAGUUGAACUAAUUGAAGUACUUGGUAUAAAGAACGCGAUUGGUGUAGGACAUUCCAUGGGCGGUACAGCAAUGGCAACUGCCGCUAUCUUAAAACCGACUGCUUUUUCUAAUUUAUUAUUAUUGGAUCCAGCACUUUUUCCUAAAUCAGUACUAGAAGGAAAAACGGUAAUUCAACCAGCAUCAUUGACUAAUAGAGAACAACGACGACCUAAUACAUGGAAAUCUGUUGAUGACAUGUUUGACUACUUUAAGGAUAGGCCAAUAUUUCGAAAAUGGUUACCGUCUAUUUUACGUGAUUAUUGUACAUAUGGAAUAUUACCGAGCGAUUCUGGCGUUGUUCUGUCAUGCGACUUGGACACUGGACGUUCGUUUUAUCUCAGUGCUAUGGCAAAAGAGAUGAAUAUUUACGACAAAUUAUGUCAGAUUGAAAUACCCGUUCAUAUCGUACGCUCUGGUUUCUCUUACCAACCCGGUAGAUGGGAUACAUCAUUUACAUCGCCUGAUUUAGUUUCAUAUUUUAAAAAUGGACGCGACACACAAUUAGACGACAUAUCGCAUUUUAUACCUAUGGAAGCACCAUUAAUUGUUGCUGAUUUCAUCAAAGAGAUUUUAACAAGGCAGUGUAAUCCACGAUUAGUUUCUAGUCUUUAA